AUGUCGCAGUACGCCACGCCCACUACUGCCGCUGCCGCUGCUGCUGCUGCUGUUGCUGCUGGGCCUCACCGUCCGGCCUCCGUCGCCGCCGACACACCUGCCAACGAUGCGGCCCAGUCGGCCCAGCACAAGCGAGUCUACCAGGCCUGCAUCCCCUGCCGCAGGAGGAAGGUCCGCUGCGACCUGGGCAGCGUCGACAACCCCCACGAUCCCCCGUGCGUGCGCUGCCGCCGCGAGAGCAAGGAGUGCUUCUUCAGUGCCACCCGCCGCAAGCGCAAGAACGACGACGACGACCAGGACCCCGAGGACGAGUACAUCAUCCGCAAUGGCCGCAAGCGCCAUUACCUCGACGACUCCCCUCCCCUCCAAGUCGACAAGCCCGUCGCCCUCCCCUCCGGAACCUACAGCAGCGUUCCGCUGACUCCGGGCGGCGGCCAAGGAGCCCGGAACCAGCGGCCUCCGAACGAUGCGAGAAAGAGUAGUCGGAGCACCAGCUACACCGACCUGGGCGAGGACUCCAACGCCCAGAUGGAAAAUCCAGAGGCCCAGAACCUCAUGAGAAAGGAGGUCUACGGACCCCACGACGCCCUCGACCUGCUGUACAAGGCUGCCACCGACAGUCCGCACGACCUGCACCCCCGUCACCAGACCACCGCUUCCGUCAUCCAGCCGCCUGCCGUCGCUCUUCCAGCACGCAAGACCCCCGGUGACCAGACCUCGGCAUACGACCCCCGGCCCUCGGCCCGCGCCACCUCCAAGGCUGCCGAUCCUAUCGACCCGCGCUUGCUGCCUUCGGCCGACGGUGAUGAAAAGGCCGCGAUAGAGAGACGACUGAAUGUCGAGAACGAGGACGGCUACCAGGGUGCCCUCCAGGCCUGGUCGAGGUUCAGGUUCGUCCGCGCCGGUUGGUUCACCAGGGAGGAGGCCGUCAAGUACAUUGUCUACUACUACGAGUACCUGUCACCCAUGACGCCCAUCUCACCACCGACGUUCCGCAGUCCCUCUUCGCACAUCACCCUGCUGAUCGAGGAGCCCAUACUUGCCGUCACCUUGCUCACCAUCGCCUCGAGAUACUACAGCAUCCGCACCACGGGCGGUCACUGCAGGUCACAUGCAAUCCACGAGGAGCUCUGGAGGUACCUGCGCAGGAUGAUCGAAAGGUGUCUUUGGGGCCAGGAGGCCUUCGGGGGAGGCUUCUGUGGGUCUGGCGCCGAUGAUGCCCAGACGUCCAGCACCGCGCCGUGGCGAGGCCUGCGCAAGGGCAGCCUGCGUACGCUAGGCACCAUUGAGUCGCUGAUGAUCCUCACCGAGUGGCACCCGCGCGCGCUUCAUUUCCCGCCCGACGAGGCCAUCGACGAGCUGAUGCUCCCGUCCCGUGACUUGCACGACCUCGAUGUCAUGGAGGAUGACGGCGCCAACCGCCCCGGCGGCAAUGUUGGCGGCCGGAGGAUCGAGAGCUGGCUCGAGCCUGCCUGGAGGAGUGACCGCAUGUGCUGGAUGCUGCUCAGCAACGCAAUGGGGCUCGCCUACGAACUUGGCGUCUUUGACGACAUUGAUGAGCUGCUCGCCGCCAAUGCCAUUACGCGACCGGAAUACGAGGACGAGGCAUACCGCCUGCGUGCCAUGCGUAUCAAACGCCUGUUGUUGAUCUACCUGACCCAGCUGGCAGGUCGUCUCGGCUGGACCAACAUGGUGCCCGAGAGCAUUCGAAAGACGGAUCCCGUCUUCUCCCGGAGACGCCCUGUCUCCAACGAGGGCAACACACCGGGGACCAGCCAAUCUGUCCUGUCCACGGGUUUCAACUAUGUGCCAGAUGUUGAGUUGGACGAUCAGAUAAUCCAGUGUUGGGUGGGUGUCAGCAAUGCCAUGCACCUCGGCAACGAGAGGCUGUUCCGGUCGCGGAAGCACACCACCGAGAUCAUCCAGAGCGGCAACUAUACGAGAUUGCUCAAGGACUUCCAGCCCAUCCUGAAGGAAUGGUGGAGGGAGUUCGAGCAGUUCCGUCUGCCCGAGUACAUCCGGCAUAUCCUGACCAUCGAGUACGAGUAUGUGCGUAUAUAUGUCAACUCCCUCGCAUUGCAGGCCGUCGUCGAGCGAUGCACAGAUGCCCACGCGUACGGGGGUGGUAUCACGGGUGGAAAUGCCGAGUUGUCGCCCCAGACACAGAAUUACCUAGGCAACCUCCCCCUCGGCCAUCUGGGUGGGUUCAUGGUAGAAGACCAGGAAUACGUCAAGGAAGUUGUGCAGGGCUGCCGGAACCUGCUGGGGACCGUAGUGAACGGUCUGCUGAAAGGUGGCUAUCUGAAGCACGCCCCCGUGCGGACGUACUUCCGGAUCAUCAGCGGUGCCAUGUUUUUGCUCAAGACCUUCGCCCUGGGAGCGCCCAAGUCUGACGUCGAAAUCAGCAUCAGCCUGCUGGAUCGCACCGUGCACGCUCUGCGGAACUGCGUCGUCGACGACAUCCACCUUGGCACGAGAUUCGGUGACCUGCUCGAAUCUCUCACGACCCGACUUCGGGAUCGUUUCAAGUACGCGCCCACCGCAACUGCCGGCGACGGCAAGAGCCCUCGUGCCAAUGGCGACGCGAGUAAGGUCGCGGUUUCGAAUGGACACGUUCAAGCAAACGGUGCGGAGAACGGCUACACGAGUCACGCGGCCAAGUUCAGAGACGGGCUGGCGGUACCUGAACGUUCUUCGACGCCUUCUGGCAACAUCUCAGCCACGCCCUUUGAUUUGUCAAACGGCAAUUUUCCCUACCCGGCCGGGCCGACGUCGCUUUUUGGUAUCACGACACCGGCGGCGAGUGGCGGCGUCAUGGACACGUCGGGUCUCACUGACACCAUGUUUGAGAAUAAUGACUGGACCUCUGACGAUCAAAUGUGGUACCUCCCUCCGGGACCCGGGCUGUUCCAGAACAUGGGCGAGAACUCGAAUGUAACGAUGACGGACCAGGGAGUUAAUGUUGGCGGUGUGGACUUGCUCGAGUUCAUGGCUAUGGACCCACCGUCAUUCAAUAAUAUUGACACCUCGGGAUAUUAG